CAGCAUUUGGGAGUAUAAGGGCGAUUCGAAAAGAAGGUCUCAAGGCAGCAGCGUCAGCAGCACUACUUCUCUUCUCACAUUUGCACAUUUACUCGAUUUAUCAUCCCAAAAUGCAAUUCAAGCUUGCUACCUUUGUUGGUGUCGCCUUCUGGGCUUCGUCUGUGGCAGCUAUCUGCCCUGGUUACAACUUCGGAAUCAUGGACCUCGGGUACGACGUCGGCACUGGAAGGGAAGGCUACGCCGUGGUGGACGAUUCUUGCAACCAGGUAGCUGGAGCAAUUACGACCAAUGUCUGUGAUGAACCACUUUUCUCCUGCUCGCCGGCGCCUAUCACAAUCACCGCCUUGCACUAUGGUGGCCAAAACUACGCUUGCCGAGGCGACGUUAACUCGGGAUCUUGCGAUGGUACUGCUGUUCAAGUUUGUUGCCGCAAUGACGGAAACUGAUAUCUUAUAUGGUACAACUUUCUAGCAUUACCUUGGCUUUCUAAUGCUCUUGAGGAUAUCAUGUAUAUGUAUAUGUAUCUGGUGCUUCUUUUGAAAUGUUAUUUUCUGUGAGACAGAGAUCCUAGCGAGCAUCUUUCGGGCCCUUACGGCCCCGAAAAGUGCAAGAAAAGUGUCUAAGACAGACUUGGUGAUUUC